CAUUUAUCCAUUCAUUCACCAUUUGUUGGUGUAAUGCGGCGCGUGAGUCAUCACAGCGCCUCUAUGCGGAUUGAUAACAGUCAUGUCACGUGUUUCAGUGUUACUUGUGAGUGAAUGAGUGCUGCGCUUCUCUAACUACGAUAUGGCUUCUCUCAGUGAUCAGCUGGAGGAGGUUAGGGCAAAUGCGGAGGAGAGUUUAUCUUCUUUAGGCUCUGCCCAUGAGAUGAGGGCAGGGGUGGCUGCCAUGGCCAACAUCCCCCUCCCUCCAUCCAGUAAAUACCGGUGCAUAGCAGCUGAGUGCAUGCUGAAGGAGAACUGUAGUGGAAACUCCAGGAAGGAGACCCUUGGCUCCCUGCAGAAACUUUCCACAGCUCUUAACAUCUUGGAGAAGUAUGGUUCUAAUCUUACCAACUCCAACAGGCCAAAGUACUGGCGUACAGUGAAGUACAACAACCCUGUCUUCAGGACCACCGUAGAUUCUAUUCAGGGUGGCAGAGCAGUACUGUACCUUUAUGGGUACACCAAUCAGCAGCCUGAUGGCUUGAGCUUUCCUGAUGAUGUUCUUGGGCCAGAUGUUGAGACGGUGGCAUCGGUGACUCUUGAGGUCAUGAGCCUCCGAAUGGAGCUGGACAUGUUCAUCAAGGGUGCCCAUCCUCAUCCAGAAUUCUUUGAAAGACUUAUUCCCUCCCUCACUCUGCAGGAUGAUGAGGAACUCAGUCCAGAUGCAGUUGCCUUCUCUUCUAGUGAAAAACCAUGGGACAAACAGACUACCUCGCCCGUGUCAGGUCCUUCUCAGCCCAAAUCUCCAUACAGUCCAGCGCUACCUCUCUCUUCUCUAGUGCCCUCUAAACAGACAGACAACUGCACCAUAUGUGGUAUUAAUCCGGUCUCCGCUCACUGUCCCACCUGUACUCAGCGGCUGUGCACAGAAUGUGACAGGCUGUAUCAUUCCCAUUCAGGACGAUCCACACACAUCAGGAUCCCUGUGACUUCCUCCAAACCCACAAAACGGCUUAGCUCAUCUCUGUCUACAUGGCAGUGUUCACACUGCACUACAGUAAAUACAAUGCAGCAGGUUUUGUGUGAAACCUGUGAUCGACCACGCCUGUCCUCCGCUGCCCCCUCUGUACAGGAGGAUCCAUCACAGCCCUCCACAAUAGCUGAGUGGCAGUGUAAAAGCUGCACAGUGGUGAACUCAGGCAGCAGUAUUCUCUGUGUGGUGUGUGAGCGCCCUCGUCUGGCCACGCGGCCUCCUGUCGCACCCUCACGGCCAACUCCCUCUGCUACAGGACUAAUGGACAGCAAGUGGGUUUGCCAGUUCUGUACAUAUGUCAACCACAUGCCAUCACCUGUCUGUGAAAUGUGUUGUCUUUCGAGAUCAGACCCUGCCCCGUCACUCUCUAAAGUCCUGCCACUCUCUAAAGUCCUGCCACUCUCACCAGUCAAGGACAUCACACCGCUUUCAACCACACUCAAAAUCACACCCACUGAGGACCCUGAUAUAAAAAGACAGAGACUAAUGAGGGAGGAGGGGCUUAAACUGAUUCAGCUUAUUCGUGAGGGAGAGAAAAAAGGGGUGAGCCCAGAGGAGGUAUACACAAGCAUGUGUGUGUCAGGGAACAGCAGUGUGACCCCAUAUGACUGGCUGAAGGCAGAGCUUCCUCACGUGCUUGAUGAGAUCUGUGUGAUGGCUGCAUCCUGUCAGCAAGAACUCAACGCACAAUCCAAUCUGUCAAACUUUUCAGGGGAGAACGAGGGCCAGAAUGGACAGAAGAGCAUCGCUGUGCCCCUGUCUAGAGCAGAAGCCAAACGGGCCUGGCUGGCAGCAGGGGGCGAUAAUGAGAAGGCUGUCAGACAGGCUCUCCGAGACCGCAGAGCUAAAGUAAAAGAGCUAGGUUCUAUGGGCUUUAAUGAUGUAGCUCGCUGUGAAGAAGCCCUGAGGCAGAGCGGAGGGGAGGUGAGGGGUGCUCUCGUCCUGCUGCAGCGGCAUUCAUUGGAGCCCUUCCAUCAGCGCAUGUGGAGCGAUGAACCAGAGCCCCCCAUCGACAUCAACCAUACUGAUAAACAGCGUGUUUGCCGUAGGUUACUGGCGGUGUAUGAUUUGCCCAGCUGGGGGCGCUGCGAGCUGGCUCUAUCUUUGCUUCGGGAUCCUGCAGCCCCAUACACACUGGAGGAUGUGGUACAGGCCGUGCGUGAGUCACAUGAUCGAGACUUCAUUCGCCGCGUUCUGAACAAAGAAUGCCCAAUCUGCCUGUCCGUCUUUCCCCAAAGUAAGAUGCAGUCUCUGACAUCGUGCCAGUGCUCUGUGUGCUGUGGCUGUUUCAAGCAGCAUUUCACCAUAGCAGUGAGGGACAAGCAUAUCAGAGACAUGGUGUGCCCUGUCUGUACUGAGCCUGACAUCAACGACCCAGAGCACCUUAACAGCUAUUUCUCCACUCUGGACAUACAGCUCAGGGAUUGUCUGGAACUGGAUGUGUACGAGCUUUUCCACAAGAAGCUGACUGAACAAGCUCUCAUCAAGGACCCAAAGUUCCUGUGGUGCAGCCAUUGCUCGUACGGCUUUAUCUACGAUGGCGAUCAGCUCAAGGUCACCUGUCCGCAGUGCAGGAAAAGCUUCUGCGCACAGUGCAAAAAGCCGUGGGAGCCCCAGCAUUUGGGGCUCUCAUGUGAGCAGUUCCAGCAGUGGAAGCGAGAGAAUGACCCGGAGUACCAGCGGCAGGGGUUGGCCGGAUACCUGCGUGACAAUGGGAUCACUUGUCCUAACUGUAGGUUCCAGUAUGCCCUGGCCAGGGGCGGCUGCAUGCACUUCAGUUGUUCCCAGUGCAGGUAUCAGUUCUGCAGUGGAUGCAACAACCCUUUCCACACAACAUGUGCAGUGAACCAGUGUACUGUGACAGGUCUGCAUGCCCAUCACCCCAGAGACUGCCUCUUCUACCUCCGAGACUGGGAGCCAGCCAGGCUUCAGGCCUUACUGCAGAAAAAGGGGGUGAACUACAAUACUGACACUGCUCCUGGAGCACAAACUGGUGUAUGCGGAGUGAUAGAGCAGAAAGAUGAAGGGCCUCGUCCAGAUUCUGCAUGUGGGGCUCAGACUCAGCCGGGCCAGGCGGGACUCUGCGAGAAGCAUUAUAGAGAAUAUCUGGUUAGCCUCAUUAAUGGUCAUUCGAUUGACCCUGCACUCCUCUUCAGUCCCGAAGAGCUGCUUGUGGCCUGCAAGAGAUACCAUGUGGAUGUCAUGCGGGGAGAGGGAGAAGACGACAGAACAUACUUUGCAAGACUUCUUAAGAAACUCAUGGAUGACGUGCCUCUAGGUGACAAGGUCCCUCGCAAGAAGUGAAGACCCCUUUUCCUCCAUUUAACCGGUGCUGACUAUUUUAACUGGGUGCAUGCCUGUAGCUCUGCUUCAUUGUAUGAGCUGAGAAGCCAACUUCGUCCUUCCCUGUUCUCAAUGUGAUGUAGUUGUACACAUUUGUACAAUGCACACACUGUUGUAUGUUUUAAUCAUAUUUUUUUUUCUUCAAAGUUUUCUGAUCAAAAUGUCAUGCAUUUUUUAUUUUUGCUCUGAUUUUAAUCCAUCUCAAAUUGCCAUAUACUAUAUGUUGAUCAUUUGAAAGAAAAAAAAAAGACAAAGAAAAAAGACUGAUAACUACAAUGAAACAAUUUAUGGUCGCUAUUGAGAAGGCAGAAAAUCAUAGCACAGCAGCAUUUUAAAUGAUUUUAAGAGUACACUUUUGGGUGCUUCAUGCAGUAGACUUCAUUAUCAGAAUAUAUUAACAGCUAAACUGAGUUCAGUUAAACCAGAAACUAAAUAUUAAGAAUGACAGGUGUCAGAUGAUGUACAAUCAAAGUAUAAUAAUGGCAUGCACUUUUAAAUCUGGGUUUAAAUGUAAAUAUAUACAGUAUAUACGGUAUGAUUAAAGAUAAUGUAUACAA